AUGUCAUAUCUGCAGAAAAGGUUUUACCUUUUUAAUUGUGACAACACUUACAAUUUACAAAUAGUAGAGACGUUUUUGCUUGAAGUAGAGGAAAAAUAUGGCUUCAAAUUCUCCGUUGAUCGUCGUUAUUUUGGCCUGCUACGAAUGGCUGAGGUGUGCGACAGGAUUAUACCUACACUGGAUAUGGACGUCGCUGUCUUUGUUGUUAACGCAAACGAAUCUCGUCUCUCUAUCAACGAAGACAACGUUGGGAUUGGUUACGCGAGAAUCUAUCGAACUUUGCUUAAAAAAACAGGUGGGCUUCAGCUACCUCUUAAUGGCUCGCUUUCCACUGCAUAAUUUGGUUAAACGCAGUUUUAGAUACGCACAUUGUUCAUUGGUAAUAUACUUAGCUUGCCUUCCACUGACUCGGUACAUAUGUUUUAAAAACGCACUCACAUAUGGUUGGUAAUUUUACUAAUACAUAUCUAGUUUAAAACGUAAGACACGGCAAUAUAAAACUUGUUCGACGGAUGCUUUAAUAGUUCACGGACAGAAUGAGAUGUUGAUACAAGUGCAGAAGAAACCGGAAGUCCCGAGACCCCUUCUUUUUAUUCAUAAUCUGUACUGUGAAGGCUUAAUUAGUUAAUAAAACGCUUUCAAAGUCCUUUUUAUAAUAUAAGAUAUGGUCAGAAUGGAAAAUAGUUAAUCGAUUAGGAAGGUAAAGACAUAAACACUCCUGAAGCACUUUAGUUUCAAGAGCAUCAGUUCAUAUGACACGCCGCUUCUAAACUAAUGAAGAAAAGCAUAUCAUCACGGAGAGCUCCAUACAGUUCCUCAUAAUUUUAUUAUAAUAAGGAAUUGUAUGGAGCCUUCCAGGAGACUUUUCCUCAUUAGUUUAGGCGCGGCGGAUUUUGUCACGUAUGAUCAACGCGAGAUUCUUUUCCCGAUACUCUUCUGUCAGGCAAAUGGAAACAACCAGUUUAUUCAGUUGUUACCAUUUUGUACAGGUGUUACCACAGGCGGCCCAAGCUCGGUGCAUAAAUUACCGCGAGUUUCGAUACUGUUUUUGUAUGAGAAAUUCAAUAUAGCUAUAUAGCCAUAAAUAUAGAAAUAAAUUUGUGCUUUCGUAAAUUUGGGCCUGUUGUUGCUUUUUCUGUGUAAUCUGGGCUCACUUCAUGGCCGUUUUAUGCGGUUUUACGGCACGUUGUUUAUUCGGUGUUGUUUUCCUACGUAAAGCGAAGCAAGGCAGAUGAUUGCACAGAAGGCCCAAGCCCGGUGCAUAAAUUACCGCGAGUUUCGAUAUUGUUUGGCAUAUUAUGAACGAUUUGAAGAAUUGGUAUGAGAAAUUCAGUAUAGCUGUUAAAACGUAGAAAUAUAGGCAUAAAUAUAGAAAUAAAUUGUACUUUCGUAAACUUGGGCCUCUUGUUGCUUUUUCUGUGUAAUCUGGGCUCAAUUCGUGACCGUUUUAUACGGUUUUACGGCACUUGUUUAUUCGGUGUUGUUUUCCUACAUAAAGCGAAGCAAGGCAAGUGACUGCGUGCAGUCUUGACUCACAAAUCUCUCCCGCACCGAUGAACGGCGCACUGAUUCGCCAUUGAAACGCCAGCUCUUUAAGGCCACUUAAAUCUCUCACCUAUUCGCCUCUUCAUGGGUAUUGUGAUGCGUCAUUUGAAGGAAUAAUUUUAGAAAGCUUUCGGUUCUGGGCAAUCUGGCGUGCGCUCAGGAAACUUGAUGAUUACGUGUUGCGUGUUGAACUCGAACAUGGACUCAGGUGAAUCGGGUAAUCAAUAUUGCAUGAAAAAACAUGGAUGUUCCUACCCUCAGAUAGUCUACUGAUUGCGCGUGAGCGGUGUUUGGAAUUAUCCAAUUAGAUAAGCGUAUAUAAAAUGUUCACGUUCCAUUCUUUAUUCUGUUUUUGUUUUAGAUGAUAACGUGCUAAUCGUGAUAGGCGGAGACAGUUACUACAGAGAUGAAAACGAAGAAGUGCAGUCUGUCAUCUCGCGCUGGGCGAGAAAGAAGGUGGCUUCUCAGUUCCGUGAGGAGUAUCUGGAUGGAAGGCAAAGCUUUAUCUUCUCUUGGGAUAAAAAGCACCGAAUGAUUCACGAGGAAGCAAUGCGGCAUUUCCUUGAUCCUGGCAAAAGGGGAUCCAAGUUUGAGUACACACUUCCCAGGCCCUUGCCAAAGCCCAUACCGCCUGUGAUCCUGCAUCACCUGUCGAAGCCGAAAACACCUGUGGUCACCUUUGCAGGCAGGAAUAUGAGGCAAGAAGUAAGAGCUAUAGUCUUCACCUUUUAUUCCUGGGAACUUACUGGAAGAUCCCGGUUUUAAGACCUGGGCUUAUACAAUUUGCUAAGGAGUAUUGGGUGGGCUUAUAACAAGAGGAGGCUUAAUAGCGGAAGAAAAAAGUUUCGAAGAUGAAGGUAGGAAGAGCUUAUGACAGGGAUGCUCAUGUUAGAAAACCUUCUUGGUCACCUCUCACUUUUUAAGCCCAAUGAGUAAAGAAGUCUAAAAUAUAUCUAGUUCCCUGAGAUAAUUGAAAGCCACACCCUCUUCCGACACCAACAGGCCCCAACCGCAUCAUUGCAUCGAGAUACUCUUUCAGUAGCCAAUCAGCUUGAAACGAAAAAUGGAGUUAGUAUGACCUUUAAAAAUAGUAGUGGCUAAGCGAGUAUUCUCCAAAAAGACACACUGAUAAUGAUAACGCUGGCCUUUCCGGCGUUCUUCAUGUCUAGUCCUUCUUUUCUGGCCGCACCCUUCCUCGAUCCGGCUUAAGUGUAAGAAGAUCGAAUUUAGUUUGUAAAGUUUUCACCAAAAAACUUUAACUAAAAUGAAUUUAUUUUAUUACUUUAACUUAUGUUGUUUUUCCAUCCUUCGCAUAUAGUCGUCUUUGGUGGAAAGUAACACAGAAAUUCUUAUCCAAGACAACGAACAAGAUACUUACCGAGGUGAAAGUCUUUCGCUUGUUAUAAUUAAUGACUUAAAGAAAUAAGUUUGGCUAAGGACCUUUGAACCUCGUAUCAUGUGCCCUUGUCGAUGUAUGCAGUUAUUUUAUGAUUGUAUGUACAGUAUAGUACUGAGUAAGUAGUAAAAAGCCUCACACUUUUAAUUCUGUGUCUUGCUUUCUCGGUUCAAGGAAACAUAAAAAAACAUAUUAAGUUUAUUUGUAGUAAUGAAAACCAAAAAGGAUAUUCAAAAUCGGUCCUUAAAUAAAUGGACUGAAGCUUGAAAAAUAAAAGAUGCUGAGUAAUUUUAAUCUAUCUGCACAAAGCGGAAGGGCCGGUCCCCGUGAGAGAAUGACGUCAAUGACUUGGAUAAUCGCAGAUGUCGAUGAUCAGCGUAAGCAGGCUAUCAGUUGCGCUGUUUCAUUAGCAGAUUAUUCAUAAAUGGAACGACAAAAUCAGGGCUCGAAAAAACUUUAAUUCAAGCUAGUACUUCGGCAAGCUGAUUUCGCACUUUGCUGCCCAGGGCUACUUCUUGCUCCUCUGAGUUUUUGAUUUUGUCACGGGAUGACUUGCCUGGACCCUUCCUUAUUGGACAAGGAAGCUUUUAAUGUUACUUGCCCAGCAAGUCCUGAUAAUUUAGUGAUUAAAAGAUAACUCCUUAAAUGUACGUGUUUUUUAUAUUGUAGCGAUAAGUUCGGUUAUUAGUGGGAGAUCAGCUGGUGUCGAGGUAGAAACCGUUUUUCUGGAAACAAAAGUACGUUACGGAGAGAUUUCGUACAACGCCAAGGACGUCCUACAGCGUAAAGGUGGGUGGCGACCUUCAGAGAGACAGGUGUCGAUCGUGAUGGAAGAUCUGAAGCCCUAUGCUGUCCGCACAGUGAAGUUCUUCCGUACUGGUGAUGAUCCCGUAGUUAAGUUUUCCUAUGACAAGCUGGGACCCCAGGAUCCCCUGCGGGAGUGCUGCGUGGUGUGUGUUCGCGGUGUUUUGGAGGACUACAGUGAAAGAUCCAUUAAAGAGUUCAAUAAAAAGUCCAGAUGCCAGAAAUGUAUGCUCACCUGUUGCUGCUGCUUCUGCGUGCACCUCUUCCUUUGCUGUGCCAUGUUUAACGAAUGCAUGGUCACGUGUUAUUUAGCCCUGGUUCGCUGCCUUGGUUCCUUAUGGGGUUGGUGUACUGAUAGGUUCAGAGGCCGUUAAAAUAAUUUUCUUUUAUUAUUAACCAUUUUUGGGAAAAGCUGAAAUCCGAGUCUAAUAAUUCUUUUAUUAUUCAUUGAAAAUAUUUCAUACUUUAAAAAUAUGCUUACCUCGAUUGACGUCAACUUCCCGUCUUCGGCAAAUUCAAGAAUAAAGAAAGCUGUUUAGUCUUGCAGAUAUUCUUCAAAUAGCGUCUAGUUUUUUGUUGUUCUUGAUAUGCUUUUAGUUUAGGAAACAGUUUGGAAACCGUUACAAUUUUUUGCAUCAAUUUCGGUUGCUGGGAAACUGUCCACCUACCCCUUCCCUAAGCCAUCAUUUUGCCCUAAGUGAGAAGUGUUAAUGUUAGCUUAGGGAAGGGGUAGGUAGGCAGUUUCGGCCCUUUUAAGCUCUUUCAAUUUCAAAAAACAGCCGAUCUGUCGCGCCCAACCUCGUCGACGUCCUAAGGGGACUCACGGCUUACCGUACCGUUUCGUGUCUAUAUUCUGUAUGUUAACAUUUCAAACAAAUUCACUCUUGCAUAGGUAUUUGUUUCUCAUGCAUGUACAUAUACGCAAAUAACUGUGAAUAAUUUGGUACUCUUUCGGGGAUGUUUCUGUGCUAAUGAGGGUACCACAUAUUCAAUACCGGGGGUAAUCACGAGUCAUGAUCACUUUCACAAUUCUCCUCAACUGCAUUCUUAAUGACAUUGCUACAUGUAAUUUCUAUUUUAGAGUAAGUCAUUUUGCUUGCACCUAACUAUUAAAAACAAUUAAGUUGUCAAAGUGUGAUUACCAUACUUGCCAACUCUCCCGGAUACGACCACAGAUCUCCCGGUCUCUUGAACGGGUCACCAAAUCUCCCGGAUAAAAUCGAGUUAUGAACUUUUCUGUGCUUUAAUUUGGAAUGUAUCCCAUUUUCUCCCAAAAUUCGAAUUUUCUUUGAUUCAAAGGUGGGUUUCUGGGGCAUUUUCGGUCGUCUUUCAUCACUGACUAAGAUUAUUUCGCCAUUACAAUCAUAAAAGCUACUUGUGAUGGUCUGCACCUCAUGUGACACUUCAUAUAAUGUCCCCUGAUCGAAGCCGAUCGGUGACUGGAUCGAAUUUUGCUUAUAGGCUGGGGGGUUAAUCGUUGACAUUCGAAGGGAGAGGGGGGACUGCAAAAGAAAGAGUCUCCAGAUUUUAGAAUUCCAGAGGUUUGCAUCUCUGGAUUAUGUACUACAACAAAUGCAAAUAAUCUUGAUCAUUGCUGUAGUUCACCUAACAAUAAAUAUUUUUCGCAGAUUACCAGCAUUUACUUGUUCUUUUCACUGCAGCAUUACCUCCUGCCAUUUCAACCACUCACUAAUAAUGACACAAUUUACAAGUAAUUUUUAUUACACUUAUUAAGAUGGCAUGGGUUAGCUGCAUAUUGACCUGCAGUUAUUCACUAUCACACCCAUGUUUUUUUUUUACUAUAGUUACACAUGUAGGAGCGUCAAUUGGGGUGAACGGAGGACCUAUUAGACAUUGGCCAUCCUUCCUUAACAACACCAACCCCAAUUUAAUCCCAGAAAACCCAACAGCGCACCGGGUUCAAAUUUACUCCAACCAAAAGGAGAUUAACUACAUAUCACAUUCCAAUAUUAGAGCCAGUGUUGCGACCCGCUCUCCCAAGCUACACAAUGUACUCCAAUUCUCUCCCCCUUCCAUCUCUGACAUUUAAUGGACCUCCCCCCCGAGCUUGGCGAGUUUCUACGAUACACGAAUUUAUGGUUGUAAUUAUAGUAACUAUUUUUUCUUUCUGAUCCUGUCUUUUUUGUAAAUGAUCUCCGAAUAGCCCUUUCGGGAGAGAUAAUAACGUUAUUGUACCAGUGUACGGCCAAACCGUGCAUGGUUUAGAAACCAGAAACUGCCAGUUCAUCUUUCAGCUUUUUCAGGGCUCGUCAACGUCGGGCAUGACGUAGCUAAAUUGAACGAAAGGUGCAACGGCAAGGAAAUAAUCAAUGCAAAAAUAUUCUAAUUCUGAGCUCUUGAAAGAUAAUUUGAUUCCAUUCCACAACCACCAAGCGCGGAUCCAGACGAGUGUACACAUUUUAUGGGAAUUGGUCAAAUCUGAAAUUUAAGAUGAAACGGGAGGAGACAAGCUACAAAGAUCUUUCGUCCGAUGAAAGGGAAUCCAAGAAAAGUCUUGGAUUCUGGAUUCCACACCGUGGAUUCUGGAUUCAGGGUACUGGAUUCCGGAUUCUUUGUCACUGGAACGUGGAUUCCGGAUUCCAAUCUGUAGUGGGUUUCCGGAUUCUCGAGCUGAAUUCAGAAUUUCAAUUUUCAAAGUCCAGGAUUCCGGAUUGCGCAAGCAAAAACUCCUGGAUUCCGAAUUCCUCAAGUAAAACAAUUCACGAAUUACGGAAUCCGGAAUUCUUUUCUUGGAGCGAAAUUGUAAGGAAAAUCCAUCGCUUGAAGUCAUUUAGGCUCAAGGAAUUUGUUGUCGUUUUAAAAGCACUUAAGAGGAGCAACGUGGAACCUACAUAUAACGAAAGGCCGAGGGACUGGCAAAAUUUGUUCGCUGUAUCGAGGUUUCGUUAUAUCAGGUUCUUUUUCAUUUAUUUUACUAUUACUGGGUUGAAGAAAAUCGUUUGUUAUACCGAGGACAUCGUUAUGUAGAGAUUAGUUACAUUGAGGUUCCACCGAUCAAAAACAGAGGUUUAAGUUUUCUGCUCAAAUCCUUUAAAUCCCAAUGGGUAUGGCAAAUUGUACCCUCGUAUCUAUAUCUAUAUGUGCUUGCGUUCUUUUCCUCUUGCAUGUGACAUAAUCCUACCCAAACAAUUUUGGGGGAAUAUCUUCUGUGUAUAUGAGUGUAUGUGUAUGUAUAAGUCAAAUAGAAAUUGAUGUUUUUUUGCAUUGCAAAAAUUGGCUCCAGACUAUUUAUCUUGAAAAUUGACCUCUCAGAAUGUCUCUUACGGAUCUUUGGAAGGUCAGAGGGUCCUUAAGGAGACCUUCGGAAUGAAAUAAAAGCGAAUUCACAAGUACAGCGGCGUGAAAAUAAUACCAAAAUUCAAUGCUCUCUAUAACACUUGGAUGUUUUUGACUCAUUCUACUAAUUCUGAGGCUAAAUGACUUUUACACCGAAACGAGGCUCUGCCUCGUACUAUACAACAAAUAACAACCUCCCAAACGGGAGGGAAACAAGUCUUUGGCUCAUAUAUAUAUGUGCAUUACACAUGUGAGGUGGCGGAUUGUCUGGUCCUUUAUCUAUUUUAAAGACUGCAAACUGAUUAUUCACUUCAAGUUUUAAUUUUCAACUAUACCCUUAAACCAAUAGUUUCUCAUUUUCCCAUAACUUUUAAAAUUUGCCCUUCAAACUUUUGUUGAUUACAAAUAUUCUAAUAAUCACCAAAAAAUUCUCAAAAACUCUUCGUUCUGAGAACUUUAUUUUUAAAAUCGAAUGACAUUUUGACGAGAUUUUCAAGAAAAAAGUGCUCACGUAUAAUACAAGCAAGGCGGGCUUCUUCGGGCUCCAUACAAAAUAUCGGAACAAUUGUUAGGUCACACGUUUUCUAUGCUAUAGAUGAUUUUUAUGCUACUGCUGUGUGUUUUUAUGGUUCAAGCUUGAAUAUUCGCGGGGCUAGCGUGACAAUUUCCGGGAAAUUCCCAAACAAACAGAAAAAAAAAAAACGAUGACAGACACGCGUGGAGCACAGCGGCGGUGCGACAAAAUGUCGCAUCAGUUGAAAAGGUUUUACAUUUUUAACUGCGACAACACUUAUAAGUUAGAAAUAGUGGAAAAUUUUUUGCUUCAAGUAGAGGAAAAAUAUGGUUUCAAAAUCUCAAUUGAUCGUCUUAAUUUUGGACUACAACGAAUGGUUGAAGUUUGCGAGAAUACGUUACCCAAGCUGGUGAUGGACGUCGCUGUCUUUGUUGUGCAUGCAAACGAAUCUCGUCUCUCCAUCAACGAAGACAACGCUGGCAUUGGUUACGCGAGAUUCUACCGAGCUUUGCUUCAAAAAACG